AUGGAUCAAUCAUUCUUGAUUAUGCUGUCCAACCUACUCCACCUUCAAAAUCAACUCGACCCUACCACCUCCAUCCUCUCCGACUCCUCCACCUCCGCUACCUCAGCCACCCCUUCCUCCCUCCUCACGUCCACCUCCGCCGCCCCUCUUCUAUUCUUCACCAUCGCCUCUGUCCUCUCAUACAUCUCCACUACCCGCAAACCCCGCUCCUCCCCAUCCCCACCUCCAUCUCCCUCAACCACUUCCCAAUACUCCGUCGCCGCCUUCCGCGCCCUCUCCACCGAACGCAUCUGGGCAAUGGAAGCUCCAUUACGUGACGCCCAAUGGCGCUCCAUGUACGGCCUAUCGUACCCCGUCUUCACCACCGUCGUCGACAAACUCAAACCCUACAUCGCUCAGUCAAACCUCUCCCUCCCCUCCGACUACGCCGUCGCCAUGGUUCUCUCCCGUCUCUCUCUCGGCCUCUCCGCUAAAACCGUAGCUAAACGUUACUCCCUUGAACCCUACCUCGUUUCCAAAAUCACUAACAUGGUCACCCGCCUCUUAUCCACUAAACUUUACCCUGAGUUCAUCAAAAUCCCCGCCGGUCGCCGCCGUCUCCAGGAAACCACAGCCUCGUUCGCCGAAAUCACAUCCCUCCCCAACAUAUGUGGCGCCAUUGACAACACACACAUCCGCCUCCACAGCCUUCCCUCCAACCUCCCUAACCCUAGCAUCUACACCAACUCACACGGAUUCCGAUCAAUUCAACUCCAAGUAGUCGCAGAUCACAAGAAAAUCUUCUGGGAUGUUUGCGUGAAAGCUCCAGGCGCAUUUGACGAUGCUACCCAUUUUCGCGAUAGUUUGCUCUACAACAGGUUGAUUUCAGGCGACAUUGUAUGGGAGAAAGUUGUGAACGUGAAAGGGCAUCCUGUUAGGCCUUACAUCGUCGGAGAUUGGUGCUACCCCUUGUUAUCAUUCCUGCUAACUCCAUUUUCAUGGAACCGAACUGGGAAUCCAGCUCAGAACACUUUCGAUGAGGGGUUGAUGAAAGGAAGAAAAGUGGUGGAGGAAGCUAUCGGAUUGUUGAAGGGAAGAUGGAGGAUUCUUCAAGAUAUGAAUGUGGGAUUGAAUCAUGCACCUCAGACGAUUGUUGCUUGUUGUGUGUUGCAUAAUUUGUGUCAGAUUGCAAGGGAACCUGAACCAGAAGUGUGGAAGGAGCCGGAGGAGAGUGGUGGUGUUGCUAGGGUUUUGGAGAGUGAGAAUUAUUACUACAAUUUUGGAGAAAGCUUGAGGCAGGUGUUAGCUGAUGAUCUUUACCAGAGACUUUCUUCAAGAUGA